UCUCCAAUAUGUAAUCGAAAAAAAAAUUGCACACUUAAUCGUUUAUCAUUUGUUAUUUUCCAGAAAAACAAAUGCCAAAUGGCCAAAAAACGUAUCUCAUAAAUAAAGCCAAAAACUGUUCAUAUUUUGAAAGCAAGUAGCCUCUAAUUGAGAAUAAUUAUUCCUUCGAAUUGCCUGCAAUAUCAAAGUGUGUUAUGCUGUGACUGAAAUAUUAAACGGUUGACAAAUGAAUGGAGUGCACAUAAAAGAAUAUAUCGAUCCAUGCAGUAUCAGGAUAGACACAGGGAGAGUUCCUUUCUAAUCCUCACUCCUCCCCUAGCCAGUGUAGAUGCAGCUUCAGCAACUCCAAUAACACCGGACCCAGAAGACAAAACUCCAGCGAGAUGUUGUCACCAAGCGGAAAGAAAACAUCGAUAGCACAGGAUUGCAGAUGCUGUCGUUAAACGGAUAGCGAGUGCCAAAUAGCUGCAGGUCGCCGUUGUACUGGCAUCGAAAAUGUGAUUUACUGAUUUGGGGUGUCAAUCACUGGAUAUAGACUCCUCUUCAUCUUCCUAGGUGAUUAGCUUUACAACACGUUGACAAAAGCACUGGAUCUCUCCACAUUCAUUCCCGCAGUGAUGAGGAAGUCGUCGGGGCACGCGUGGUUUAUCACUGAAUAAUGACUGAAUACAGCGGCAGGUUUUAAUCGUAGUGUAUACAAUUCCGGUUUUCACUUUGUCCAUGUGCUUGUGAUUUUUUAUUAAAUUUUUUUGGUAUUUGCGACAAUUGGGAAUAUGACGAAUAGAAAAGGAUUUAUGGUUCAGCAAAAUACGUUUUUGGAUACGAUUGCAACCCGAUUUGACGGCACACACAGCAACUUUGUCCUUGGGAACGCGUUAUCUAACAGUUUUCCUAUCGUCUAUUGCUCUGAUGGAUUCUGCGAGCUUACCGGACACUCCCGGGCCCACGUCAUGGGUAAAAGUUGUGCCUGCAAGUUCCUGUACGGAGAGAACACCGAAAAUGAAGGCAAAGCCAAAAUCGAGGAAGCAUUGGAACAAAAGGAAGAGAUAAAGACAGAAAUCCUGCUCUACAGAAAAGAUGGUAAUUCCUUUACGUGCCUUUUGGAUAUUGUUCCAAUUAAAAACGAAAAAAGCCAGGUAGUUUUGUUCUUAGUUUCGCACAAAGACGUCACACAUGGAGAUGGGACCAAAGAAAACAGUGAUUCCGGAACGGACGAGCCCCUCUUAAGCUGUAAGCGUUCCCCCGUUAUGGCAGGCUUGGCCGGAACAAUUCAAACAGCCUUGAUGUUUAGCGGUAAUGACCUUGACGAAAAUUCCAAGAACCUGGCACGGACAAAAUGUCGACCAGGAGUAGAACUUCCUACUAACUGUAACUACCAGCGACGCAGAAGCCGGGCAGUUUUGUACCACCUCUCUGGCCAGUUCGACAAGCACAAUAGGGCAAAGAGCAAACUACAACAGUUAAACAAGCUGACAGGAUCCAUAUCCGGUAAAAUGCCUGAAUAUAAAGUACAGGAAGUAAAGAAGUCAAAAUAUGUCAUAGCGCAUUAUGGGAUAUUCAAGAUUGGCUGGGAUUGGCUAAUUCUUCUCUGUACUUUCUACACUGCCAUAAUGGUUCCCUACAACGCUGCCUUCACAGAUAUGGAGAGUGAUAACAGCAAAAGUUCUCUGUAUUCCGAUAUUGUUGUCGAAAUAAUGUUUAUUAUAGAUAUUGCUUUAAACUUCCGUACGUCUUUCAUUGAUAAAAGUGGUCACGUGGUAUACGAUGGACGACUUAUUGUCAAGCAUUAUGUCAAGGGCUGGUUCCUUCUGGAUCUUCUGGCCGCCAUUCCAUUUGAUUUAAUGUUUUUAUUUAAUAGAUUUUCCAAGCUAAAUACGGAUGUUUUACGACAUUUGCUCACGUUAAAACUAACGCGCCUUCUGCGUUUGGCACGCCUCCUCCAGAAGAUUGACAGAUACUCACAGUACAGUGGAAUGGUCUUAGCUCUGUUUAUGUCGAUGUUUGCGUUACUUGCUCAUUGGCUGGCAUGUGCAUGGUACUUCAUUGGUGAAACAGAACUGCAGAAAAAUGGAAAUUGGACUGUCGGCUGGCUGUAUGAGCUCGGAGAAAGAAUUGAACAACCCGUGAGCAUAUCCAAUCCGCCGGAUACCUUCACGGCGUACGUCACGGCUUUGUAUUUUACAUGUAGCAGCUUAACCAGUGUUGGCUUCGGCAAUGUGUCGGCCAACACGAACCCUGAGAAAAUAUUCUCUGUGUGUGCGAUGCUUAUUGGUGCUAUGAUGCAUGCCGUGGUCUUCGGUAACGUCACGGCCAUUAUACAGCGAAUGUACGCCCGGCGUGCUAACUACCACUCCAAGAACAAGGACCUGAAGGACUUCUUCAGGAUACACCAUGUUCCUAAACCACUCAAGCAGAAGAUGCAGGAGUACCACCAGACCAUGUGGUCCAUGAAUAACGGGAUCGAUACACUGGAUAUUUUAAAAGAUUUUCCCGAGGAAAUGCGAGGGGAAAUUGGCCUUCAUUUGCAUAAAGAUAUCCUCACUUUACCAAUAUUUGAGAAUGCAACGCAAGGUUGUCUCAAAUCCAUUUCUCUUCACACAAAAAGGGCUUUCUCAGCGCCCGGGGAAUUUCUGGCACACAAAGGCGACGCCAUUAACUACGUCUAUCUUCUGUGUGCUGGGUCCAUGGAGGUCCUUAAACAAGACAUGGUUGUUGCCAUAUUAGGCAAAGGUGAUCUAUUUGGUACCGAUAUAAACUUUGAGGACCCGGUCGGGAUAUCCAGCUGUGACGUCAGAUCUCUGACGUAUUGUGACCUACAAGCCAUCAAUAUGAAAGGUUUGACGGACGUGCUGGCUCUCUACCCGGACUUUGCAGAGCAAUUUCAGAACGAUAUACGCCAUGAUCUGACGUACAAUCUGAAAGAGGGGUUCGAGGAAAGCGAGACUGAUACUGAGUACAAAGGAAUUGGGAGAGAUACCAAACUGCCAUCUAUAUCCGAGGACGAGGAAGAAACAGACAGUGACACUGUUUUCACCAGUAAAAUCACAAAGAACAACAAUACCUACAGCGUUGUUAAAACAAUACACAGCAGUGAAAACGAAUCGGCGACGCCAUUGCUGUGUACUGAGAGAACGGAAGUUCCCAAAGUCCCGAAUGGAGAAGUGCAUCAUCCAAGAGAGGUGGUCAGUCCUCCUACCAAAAGAAAUGUCACAGCUUCCCGCCGAAUUUUGAACAGAGCAGCAAACAGGAGACGCCAUCGGAAUACCAAUACAUCAGAGCAGCUGCAUGGAAUGGAGAGUUUAUCGAACUCUAUUCAGAACCUUCACACCGAGAUGGAGGGGACCAAAACAAACAUCUGUCUUAUCGAACAGAACAUGAAUCGAAUAUCUCACGAGGUCUCCCACAUCGACACCAGUCUGAAAACCGUCAUACGGUUAUUGUCCAACAGUUGUACGUCGGAGUCAUCAUAUGUUCCUGAUACACCUCUUUCGCCGAUGGGCAGGCCGCAUUUUUCCAUUAGCUCUCAUAAUAGUGAUGAUGUUCAAAUAUCUGAUAUAGACGUAACCGCCAGUAAAUUGGAAGUCCCUAGUAUCUUGCACACCAAGUUCAACGCACAAAAUAGACUUGGAAAUCGUAGAUAUAUUCCAGCUCACGAUUUAGGGGGGAGUCAUCCAGCAAUGGAGUCGAUUGGAGCUCCUCUGUGUGAAAGACGGAACAAGUAUUCUUGUGAAAGUGUUCUAAACGUACCAAAUUCUCAAUCUACGAACAAAAGGAGUGUUCUUGGGAAAAGCUCCAAGGUGUACCGAAGGGCCGCUUCGGAACCAAGAACGUUUAACAAUUUGAGUGAUGCUCAACGACAGAUUUUGAUUAAGGAUGCUUCAGUGGAGGAUGUGUCUCGGCGCCAUAAUGCUUACAAGUCGUGCUACUCCAGCCAAAGACCCAAAUCCAGCUGUCUACUAGAGACAAAUAACCUUUGAACCCACAGCGCCAUCUUUGCUGCUGUUUUGUUACGAUGUUUUAUAUCAUAAUUGUUACUUGUUAUUUUUUUCAACUCAAUGAAGUAUUGGUUUUAUGGCUCUACGUGUAUAAGACGCUUCUGAGUACGAACUUUUAUCCCUCAAACCGUACAUAUAUACUUAAAAAAUUGAGAAAAACAGAGAAAAUUAAAGAUCACUUAACUUACAGUAUUUGUCAAUUAAAAUUUUAAUUCUUCACUAUUUGACCAAGAAUAUUCUUUAUCCCGGCAAACUUUUUUCAAUCUUUUCAUGAUUUAACUUUUUAAGAAGUUGAAAUUGUUAAAAUACAAUAACUAUAUUUUAAUGCAGUUUGCUUUGAAAACUCGCGUCGUAUGUUUGUAAUUGUCCUUUUAUAAAUAUUUUUUGUAUAAGAAGUUAUACUCUGCAGAGCUGUUUUUACAUGCAUACGAAUAAUUGUUGUUAUAUAUGUUGACACACCAUUUUUGAAAGAAAAUACUUUUAAAAAGAUUUUUUUCUGGCUUGUAUUCUUUAAUAAAGAGUAUUGCUAGGUG